AUGCAUCCAGAGAAGGCCCCAGGACCAGAUGGGAUGACUGCGCUUUUCUACCAGAAAUUCUGGGAUAUUGUAAAGGAGGAUUUAACUCUUAUGGUUAACAAAUUCCUUUUUGAGGGAACGAUGGCGAAUGGACUAAAUGAUACAAAUAUAUGUCUUAUCCCGAAGGUAACGAAGCCCAAUGCGAUGACUCAGUUCAGGCCCAUUAGUCUGUGCAAUGUCAGCUACAAGAUAAUCUCUAAAGUCUUAUAUCAGAGGUUGCAGAAAGUGCUUCCUGGUUUGAUAUCGGAAACCCAGUCAGCCUUUGUUGCUGGGAGACAGAUUUCUGAUAACGUCAUGAUUGCUCAGGAGAUGUUUCACGCUCUGAGAACCAAACCAAGUGGGCGCAAUAAAAGGAUGGCUAUCAAGACAGAUAUGAGUAAAGCGUAUGACAGGAUGGAAUGGUCCUUUAUCGAAGCUGUUCUGCGUAAGAUGGGAUUCUCAGAAAUCUGGACCAGCUGGGUCAUGCGAUGUAUUACAUCGGAUAAGCUGAUGCAUAGAGUGAAUGGAUGGACAGGUAGAUGGCUUUCGAAAGGUGGAAAAGAAGUGUUGAUUAAAUCCAUUCUGCUCGCUCUUCCGACAUACGUCAUGUCAACCUUCCUUCUCCCAUUGGAGAUAUGUGAAAACUUAGCUAGUGCUAUCGCUCAGUUCUGGUGGAGCUCGAAUCCACCAAAAAGAGGGAUACACUGGGCGAAAUGGGACAAGAAGAUACACUCUGGAUAUAAGGUCAAGGUUUGGGAGGAUCCAUGGAUUCCAACGAAUCCCGCGAGGCCAGCUGCCCCAAUGGCUCCAGUGAUGCACCCUAAUAUGCGAGUAAGCGAUCUUAUUAAUCAGGAAUCGAAGGAUUGGGAUGUGGGCUUACUGGAGAACUAUGUUCAUCCUGAUGACAUACCAUUCAUUAGGAGUUUGGCCAUAAGCUCAACUCAUCGUCGAGACACUUACUGCUGGAACUUCACAAGGAAUGGUCAGUACACGGUCAAGUCUGGAUAUUGGGUGGCUCAGAAUUUAUUGAAUAAAACAGAGGAAAGGGAAGUUUUGGACCCAAGUAUUAUCAAGCUCCAAGCGUUUGCGUGGAAACUGAAGGCUCCUACGAAAAUAUGUCAUCUUAUAUGGCAGUUGUUAACUGGUCAUGUGGCAGUAACAAGGAACAUGGUAAAACGCAAUAUGAGAUAUGAUAACUACUGCCCAAGAUGUGGAGAAGCAGAAGAGACUGUCACACAUGCAAUUUUUGAAUGCCCACCAGCUCUUCAAGUUUGGUCUUUAGCUUCCACUCCGACAAGCCCGAACAUCUUUCCAGUAUCAAGCAUCUACACAAAUAUGGACUAUCUUUUUUGGAGAAAAAAUAGCAUUAUUGAGCCUGAUCGUGAUAGGGACCCUUAUCCCUGGAUAAUAUGGUACAUUUGGGAGGCUAAGAAUGAGAAACUCUUCAGGGGCAUAGAUCGAGAUCCUUUGGAGUUAGUCCGACAUGCGGAGAGCGAAUGCCAAGCCUGGUUUGAUGCUAAUGAUGUGGUACAACCUGUGGCACAAGCUAAUACAAAUGAGGAGCCCCAAGUCAUAAGCUUGGGAAAUAUUUGCUUGCUAGAUGGAUCUUGGACAUCUUCUGCUAACUUUAGUGGAUGCGGAUGGGCGUGGAUGGAUGGGUCUGGGAAUGCACAGCUUAUGGGGACAAGGAAUUUCCCUCGGCGUGAAUCAGCCUUGCACUCGGAAGUAGAGGCACUGCGAUGGGCGAUGGAGAAUAUGCUGCAACAUUCGAACUGCCAGAGCUUCGGGACAUACUAUAAGGAACUGAUAGCAAUGGUGAAGGACCCUCAGGCGUGGCCAAGCUUUGCGACGGAAUUGGAGAGGAUAGAGACGCUACAGAUAUGCUUUCCGGAUUUUAAAAUCACUCACGUCCCAAGGGGAGAGUCUAUUGGGAAUAAGCAAAAUCCUCAACAAUAUGGUGUAAAGAAAAACUGA